AUGAAGCAAGGUCUUUGGCCCUCACCGUUCUACCCACCGUCGCUCGUGCCACGACAGCUCAUCAGCGAUAGGCCUGCGACAAAGGUACCGGAACUGCCGAAAGAGUUUCCUCCCUUACCUUCUUGUGAUGCGCCUACAGAGCAGGACGCAAAGGACAAGGGCACUCCAGACCAGUGGAUCGUCAGAGAUGAACGGCUCGUUAGACUAACUGGGCGCUGGCCCUUCAACUCCGAACCGCCCCUGCCAGACCUGUGGGAAGCGGGUUUCUUAACGCCAUCACGUCUCUUUUUUGUCCGUAACCACGGCGGCGUCCCUCGCGUCUCGAUACAAGAGGCAGAAUCCUGGUCUAUAACGAUCUCUGGGCUCGUUCGGAAACCGCUGACGCUCACCUUAACUGACCUCCAAGAUCCCAGUCAAUUCGACACUGUCACUCUCCCUGUCACUCUCGUAUGUGCUGGAAACCGCCGCAAAGAACAAAACGUUGUUCGUAAAAGCCUUGGGUUCAGCUGGGGUGCUGCAGGCCUUUCGACUUCUCUGUUCACCGGUGUUUACCUUGCGGACGUCCUCGCUAAACUCGAUAUUGUGACCGAAGGCACCUUUGGCGAGCCAGGAUUCAAGCGUGCCGAACAUGUCAUCUUUGAAGGCGCAGACGAUCUACCUGAUGGAAAAUAUGGGACCAGCCAGAGGUAUAAGUGGGCAAAGAACAAGGACAAGGGGAUGUUACUUGCUUGGGCAAUGAAUGGUCAGCCGCUGGAACCCGACCAUGGCUAUCCGCUAAGAUUAGUCGUCCCAGGCCAAAUUGGAGGACGCAGUGUCAAGUGGCUCAAGAAGAUCGAAGUUUCGCAUGUCGAGAGCUCCCACCAUUUACACUACUGGGAUAAUAAAGUGCUUCCGUCCUCUGUUAUGCCUGAAAUUGCUCGAAGUCAACGAGAAUGGUGGUAUGACCCUCGAUACAUCAUCACCGACCUGAACACAAACUCCGCCAUCGCAAAACCUGCACACAAUGAAACAAUCUCUUUCAAUGCGCAUGAAAGCUCGAACACUUACCGACUGGCUGGCUACGCCUAUGGCGGCGGUGGUCGGCGCAUCACUCGAGUUGAGAUCACCCUUGACGCAGGGCAGACGUGGCUUCUCGCUGCCAUCACCUACCCGGAGGAUUUGUUCCGCCAGCGCGCUUUCAAGGAUCCCGUUUUGGGUACACUCGACUUGACGGACCGCGAGGAGUGUUUCUGCUGGUCAUUCUGGCAUCUUGACGUCCCUCUAUCUGCCCUCGAGAAGGCGGGGAGUGUUGCGGUGAAGGCGAUGGAUGAAAGCUUGCAUGGUCAAGGCAAGAGCAUGUACUGGAAUGCUACAGGGAUGAUGAACAAUUGGUGGUUCCGUGUAGCCCUUCACCGAACUGUAGAGGAGGAAAACAUCAUCCUCCGAUUCGAGCACCCCACCAUGCCCGACAACCAACCAGGAUGGAUGGAACGCCUCAGAAAUCUCGGACAAGACGUCUCUGACCCUGUAUUCAUCUCCGCUGUCUCGACCUCUCCCUCUGUCGUCGGACGUUCCGGGUAUAUACCAGAGUCUGCUCACGCUGCCACCCCUACCGCCGCCAUUCCUACCGCCGCCAUUGUGAUGACCAAAGCCGGUGUCGAUCGUAAGAUCACAGCGAACGAGCUUGAGGCACACUCGAGCGCAGAAGAGCCAUGGUUUGUUGUCGAGGGAGAAGUAUACGACGCCACACCGUUCUUGAGUAAACAUCCCGGCGGUUCGGACUCGAUCACGAUUGUGGCGGGCCAGGACGCCACAGAGGACUUCAUGGCCAUUCACUCCACCGCUGCUAAAGUCCAACUCCAAGAAUUCCACAUUGGUACGCUUACCUCGAGCAUCAGUGCCACACCAAAUCAUGCGGUAGCGGUGCAAAAGGAAGACCGGCGGGGACCAGACGAAGUCUUUUUGCAGCCGAGGUGGAAGCAGGCGAAACUGGUCGCGGUGGAGAAGGUCUCGCACGAUUCGAAGCUUUUUAGGUUCGAGUUAGAGACUCCAGAGCAGAGGCUAGGGUUGCCCUGUGGGCAACAUGUGUACGUAAGAUUGCAGAGAAAGACGGAGAGUGAGAGGAACAAAGUAGUGGAUGCGAGGAAGGACUGGGUCCAGAGGGCGUAUACACCUGUAUCUUCGGCGGAUACUUGUGGGAUACUUGACCUGCUCAUCAAGGUAUACCAUCCUACGACUGCGUUCCCUCUGGGAGGAAAAAUGACACUGGGAUUCGAAGAGCUUUGUAUUGGUGAUCAUUUGGAGUUCAAGGGUCCGUUGGGCGGUUUUGAAUGGUUGGGCAGCGGAGUGGCUAGGUGGCGCGGAAAAGAGCGCAAGGCGAAGCAUAUUGGCAUGAUCUGUGGUGGAAGUGGCAUCACGCCGAUAUACCAAGUACUCCGCACCAUUAUCAACGAUACGGGCGACCAAUCGACCGAAAUUUAUCUUCUCAAUGCCAACAAGACGCAGGAUGACAUCCUCCUCCACUCCGAGCUCAAAUCGCUUGCACAGCAGAUCUGUUCGGAUCGUUUUCGGUCGUAUUAUGUCCUCUCCGACGCUCCUGAGGGAUGGAAGGAAGGUAGAGGAAGAAUCACGCAAGACAUGCUGAAGAGGUAUAUGCCAGAGCCGGCUGACGAUAACCUGAUCCUGGUUUGUGGGCCGGAGCAGAUGAUUGAGGAGACGAAAGGCUUGAACAAGGUCAUCGUAGAUCAGUCGCUGGACAAGUUCAUUCUACAAAUAGCGUGA